AUGUCUCUUUCUAAGAAGUUAACUUUGGACACACUGGAUGUGAAAGGGAAACGAGUCAUCAUGAGAGCAGACUUCAAUGUCCCCAUGAAGAAGAACCAGAUUACAAACAACCAAAGAAUCAAGGCCUCCCUCCCAAGCAUCAAAUACUGCCUGGAUAACGGAGCCAGGUCGGUGGUUCUCAUGAGUCAUUUAGGUAGACCUGAUGGUGUUCCGAUGCCUGAUAAAUACUCCUUAGAGCCUGUUGCUGCUGAACUCAAAUCCUUGCUGGGCAAGGACGUUCUGUUCCUAAAGGACUGUGUGGGCCCAGAAGUGGAGACAGCUUGUGCUAGCCCAGCUACCGGUACAGUCAUCUUGCUGGAGAACCUGCGCUUUCAUGUGGAAGAAGAAGGGAAGGGCCAAGAUCCUUCUGGAAAUAAGCUUAAAGCUGAGCCAGAUAAAAUAGAAACCUUCCGAGCAUCCCUCUCCAAGCUAGGUGAUGUGUAUGUCAAUGAUGCUUUUGGCACAGCUCACCGGGCCCACAGUUCCAUGGUGGGAGUGAAUCUGCCCCAGAAGGCAUCUGGAUUCCUGAUGAAAAAGGAGCUGGAUUACUUUGCCAAAGCCUUGGAAAACCCAGAGAGACCCUUUCUGGCUAUACUUGGUGGAGCCAAAGUGACAGACAAGAUCCAACUCAUCAAAAAUAUGCUGGACAAGGUCAAUGAGAUGAUUAUUGGUGGUGGAAUGGCUUAUACCUUCCUUAAGGUACUCAACAACAUGGAGAUUGGUGCUUCCCUGUUCGAUGAAGAGGGAGCGAAGAUUGUCAAAGAGAUUAUGGCCAAAGCUGAAAAGAAUGGUGUGAACAUUACCUUUCCUGUUGACUUUGUCACUGCUGACAUGUUUGAAGAGAACGCUAAGGUUGGCCAAGCCACUAUAGAAUCAGGGAUACCUGCUGGCUGGAUGGCUUUGGACUGUGGUCCUGAGACAAACAAGAAGUAUGCACAAGUGGUGGCCCGGGCCAAGCUAAUUGUGUGGAACGGACCUUUAGGGGUAUUUGAAUGGGAUGCUUUUGCUAAGGGGACCAAAGCCCUCAUGGACGAAAUUGUGAAAGCCACUUCCAAGGGCUGCAUCACCAUUAUAGGAGGUGGAGAUACUGCUACUUGCUGUGCCAAAUGGAACACUGAAGAUAAAGUCAGUCACGUGAGCACUGGAGGAGGUGCCAGUCUAGAGCUUCUGGAAGGUAAAGUCCUUCCUGGAGUGGAUGCCCUCAGCAACCUGUAG